CGGCUCUAUCACCUGUUGACCCGGGCCGUAACCACGUGAACGCGCCAGGAUAGUUAUUUCGGGAAUGGCCUACCAGCGCCAGCCACCACCACUACCGCGCUACAGCUGUGCUGUACAGCCGACAGCGGCGGUGGCGGCGGCAGUCUCUACUCUCUAGAUUGUGAUUGUGCGGUUAGAGAGUUAAGACGGAGGAGUGUAUUUCGCGGUUAUAGCGACGGUUGACGGGUGGUUAACCUGGCUGCUGGCUGAAUCUUAGCUCAGCUGACUCUAUAACCUUGAUGAUCAGCUGUGAGUUUUGUCGCUGUCGCUGUGUGUUAGUGUGCUGUGCGGUGCGAUUGCGAGAUACUACCGAGCUUCCGUCACGAACGUGUUACGUGUAAAUUCUAACAUCUGCCAUUUUGAUUUAUAUAGCUAUCAAGUGCGCGUUCCGUUUUCAGGGUAUUUUGUUCUCGCCUUGUCGAUAAAAUCCACCAACGGAUGGCAACACAAACCACUCAGAUUGGAGGUUUACAAUAGAGGAGUUGAUAACGCUCUGGUGGCCCUCCAUGGCGUAUCACUUCUCUAACCAUAGCUUUUCCCCACCUAAUCCCCGAGAAGUUUCAGAAGCAGGCUUCAGUGCCGAUGACCACUAUGAAGGGUGGAAGUUCAAACUUAUUGACUAUUGGUCCUCCUACGAUACACUCUUCUGGCUGCUGAGUGAACUAUACAAACUGCAAGUGCAGAACCCGGCGACUCUCAAACUAGAGCACUUUGUCAACACAAGAGGAUGCGAUCUAAAGAAUUUCUCCGUGGAGGACUUCCGCAAGAUCAUCCCCCAGUAUGGGGACAUCUUGUAUCAUCAGCUGCAGACCAAGUUGAAGAGUGUGAUGAACGAGGUGUGGGGCAGAGAAGGGAUGCCUCAGCCGACCCCAGGUCCGAGUCAUCCGCUACACAUGGCCUACUUCGACCAACCUCAGAUGCCCCCCCACAUGCCUGAUACAUCAACCAAUCAUUGGCCGAUUGACGGGCCAUCCACAAAACAUUGGCCUAUGGAUAGGCCUCCCACCAAACACUGGCCUACGGAUAGGCCUCCCACCAAACACUGGCCUACGGAUAGGCCUCCCACAAAACACUGGCCUACUGAAAGGCCUCCCUCAAAACACUGGCCUACUGAAAGUCCUUCCACAAAACACUGGCCUAUAGAAAGGCGGAUCUACGACUGUUGGGCUUACAAGAGUAUUUCAGAGUGGUCACCGAGUGACACUUUGGACUGUUUCAUUCAUGAAUUAUUCCAACUGAACAUCAACCCAGCAAGCGUCAGUCUCAACAACUUCCGAGAUGUCAGCGGCCGAGACCUGGUAAGGAUGACAUUAGAUGACUUCAAGUUGAGGUUGCCUGAGUGCGGUGAACUACUUUACCAUCAUCUUCAGCUAAAAAUAAGGUCAAACUCACAAUCUGAACUGGUUUGGAGCAGGACUCAUGAAAAUCGAGUAAUUUCUAAUCAAAGUAUUAAUCAAGAAUUUUCUUAUGCUCAUAGACAAGAAAUACCGUACGCCCAUCCAAGCUGCUUUAGAUGGAAACCAGAAGUUUUCCCAGGAGGGUCAGCUGAUAAUGAUACGGUACUCAACUUAUCCAGAGAACACACAUCGACUUCUGCCUGUGAUUUGUCUAUUACAAGUGUCAGUUUACCAGCAUCAUCGUCUGUCAGCAGUUCACAGUCUACUUCAUUUGAGCCGGCUCCUACGGUUUCAAAGAGUCAGUGUUCAGUUUCCAAAAGCAAUUUCUCAAUACUGAAUUUAACAAAAGAUUGUGUGAAACACACCAGCUCGGUUAUCAAACAAGAGAAUGAGUCUGAUCCCCUUCCCCCUGAUACAGCGGAGACCAUCGCACAAGAAGUGGAGUGCUCUCCUCAGCGUCCGGCGUCUAGAGACAGUUGUUGUGUGGAAAACACUCAAGACUCUGUCGCGUCAGCUGCUGACUCUGAACACACCAAAGGAGUUGAGGGUUCUGCGAUGGACCAUGGUUACAAUUCAGAGACCAACGAUGAAAUUCAGAGUGACCAAGAAGAGAGUUACAAAAAAGUGAAAAGGAAACCUGGAAGACCACGAAGUUUACACAAAAAGGACAAAGUAAAAGGUAAGGUGGGUAGAGUUUGGGAAUUUAUACGUGAUCUAAUCAUGGACCCAAAAUACAACCCCAAAGUGAUCUCAUGGGAAGAUCAAGAGAAAGGGUUGUUUCGCUUUCGAAGCGGAGACCAAGUUGCCAAGCUGUGGGGCUGCAAACGGGGAAACCCUCGCAUGAACUUUGAAAACUUCAGUCGAUCCAUCAGGCAAAACUACAAGAAAGGUUACUUGUUGCCGGUGGAGAAGAUUCGUCUGGUGUACCAGUUCGGGCCUCGCUCCACGGGUUGGCGUCCGGGUGAUCCCCCCACUAAACCCGUCACUCUCCCCUCCAACACCCCCUCCCCCUCCGCCGCGGCUGCUACCACUACUGUUGCUCAAUAGAUUGUACCCCCCCCCUUUGUAGUGGCUGCAAAGGCUUAUUUAUGGUGUUACUUAGUGUUUAAUGUAUUUUUUUAUAAAUUUGUUAUUCUAUAUGUUAAAUGUCUUAAUUUAUUUGAAUCUUAUAACGACUUGAUAGACAAGUAUAAAAAUGUAAUGGUUUCAGUUAAUUCUAGAACGUAUAAAAAGCGGAAUGAAAAUAUUCAAUAAUUAGAAUAUUUUAAAAGCUUGGUUAAAAAAUGAAAGCAACAACUUUAUCACUAAAACUCGUUAUUUAUUUCUUAUUACGUUUAUGUUGAUAAUUUACUGUUUUGCUUGAAUGUUAAAUGCUAGAAAGUUGUAAAUAAACGGUUUACUAUUACGGUUUAAAUAUUUCUAAAAUUUUAUUAUAUAUGUAAAUUGUUGUUGAUAUGGAGAUGUAGGUAUUUUAUUAUAUAGCCUACCUAGUUUAUAUUUUUGUAUGAAGAUACUUUGUAAGAGUAAUUUUAUAGUUAGUAAGUAUAAAUUAAAUAGGCCCAAUUAUUCCCUUGAAAAUAUAAUUUUGUGAAGUUUGUUUACAGAUAGUGUAGUUAUUUGAGGAACAAGGCCCAUUUACUACAGGGUUUGUUAGAUUUAACGUUUGAGGUCUACUACCACCUGAGUGACUUGAGUCUUGUGUGCUGACGUGUUUUGAGCACAAAUUGGAAUUAACCUUAAAUACUCACUGGAGCAUAGUUUGUUUUUUAUGGCUUAUCUUGUAUAAUGAGUUUUUCACUUUAACACGUUUGCUGUACUAUUCUCUGUCACUUGCAUGAUUGUUUGUAUGUAUGCUUGAACAUCAUACAAUAUGUCAAAUACACUUAUAAUUAUUGUUGAGCAAAUCAAAAAACGAAGUAAAGUUAAGUUGAUUUUAACAACUGCUGUCCAAAGUUAUGUAAAACCACUAGCCUGUAAAGAAAGAGAUUACUUUACGAUGGUGAACAUCUAGGCUCAACAGAUUAAACGUUGGUUAAAAAAUAAGAGCUUUAUCUUUAGAAAUUAUGGUCAAUGAUAAAAAUAAAAACGUGUGUAUAUUAAGUUUGAUAAGCCUCGCGCUUUGUAGGAGGAGCCUUAACACUUUUUCCAGGAUCAACUUGCUUGUUGUGAAACAGUAGAAAGGCGCCUAGUGCCUUUUUUAUGAAACAACCUGAAACAUAGGAACAGCGUUCAGGGCCUCUUAAAUAAGUAUUGCUUUAUAAACUGCGGAUUUGUCCUUCAAAAGUGUAUUCUUUUGUGGCAUGGUAAAAAGGUUGGGACCACAAUAAUGCAUAUGUUGUGUUUGUGUAUAUGUGUUAAUUUCUCAGGGUAAAAAAUUCAAACCUUAAAAAUGUUUGUCGCUAAGAUAAAUUAAAAUCCCUCAGGUAAAGGUGAAAACUAUUAAUAUAUUUAGACACUUUUAAACUUAUAUUGUAAUAACUUUAUAUAAUAUUUUUCUUGUUAUUUUAUUUUCUGAUCUUUAUCUUAGAAACAAAAUUAACAGUCUGCUUUACCUAUCAGCUACAGCCCUUAUAUAGGACUACGUAAAUGGAUUAUCAAUAUAACAUCAUAAUUCAUAACACGAUGCACAUUAGCUUUUUUCGUUCUUCAGUAGAAUUUAUUUUGUCUUCCUUCAACUUUUCUUAAUAAGUGUAAGAUUCAUUUUCAUUAGAUAAAAACAAUGUACGUAACCGCUUUAAUACAUUUGUGAUAGCUUCAAAAUUAAGUGAAACUGUUUUAAAAGCAUGGUCAGCAUGUAAUUGUUUUUGUAGUUUAAUUUAGUUUCAACAAUAGUAAUUAUUCUCUUUAAUUAACCUUUAAUUAACACUGCUAUUUUUUAAAGGACGAUUAGAUUUCAGCUCACUUUUUUGACACUGGGGCACUUGUCUUCACAGGAUGUAUCUCUUUAACUUGAUAAUGUAAAACUCUUCAAAGUUAACAUUGUUUUUUAAAAACACAGUACACCAAGUCAAUGUUACUUAAAUUUUCAUGGGCUUCUUUAAACCUUUAAAGUGCCUAAAAACCAUAUUUUCACAUGUAUUUGUCUCCUUUUACUGUUUUAACAGUAGUUUGUAAAUUAGGUUUUCCACCCAUAACAAUGGCACUAAUAUCAGGGGCGGUGCCUUAUAGCUUCCCUUUUGAAAAUUAUUAUCUUCAUUAAUUAGUUUUGGAAUAAAGUAGGAAAUGUAUGUUUCAAGCACUUGCAUGUCAAUUAUUAUUGGGUUUUAACAGUUUAUCUUUGGUUGAUAUGUAUAAAUGUUUGAAAAUUCAUUUAUGCAUGGUAUUUAAAUACUAAAUUAGAUAAUGUUAAUGUUAUUGCAAGAUUUUAUAAAUAAAGUAAAGUGCUGUUUAGUCUCUUACAGUAUAUUUACAAAUUGAGCUUUUAAACAGCACAAGGCCUAUUUAAGAAUCACUGGAUUUCGAUAAAGUGUAAUUUAAUUUUGCUUCCUAUUAAACCUUAUUUUUUUGUAUAUGAGUAAAAACUCCUUCAGUCUUUAUAGUUAAAUGAUUGUUUGAAAUUUUAAAUAUUUUAUAGCAAAGAUGUUUGCUAGUAGGAAAACGGUCAUAAAAAAUUGCAAAAGUAAACAUAGAUAGGCUACUAGAUAGAUAUUAUAUUCUUUCACCAUAUAUACAAUUCCAUUUUUUUAAUCAUUGCUAUACUCCGUUCAAACAGCCGGCGGCACCUGAGGGAUUAGGAGGCCCCAAGGGUUUCCAUGGGGUCUCCUAAUCCCUCAGGUGCCACGGCUGUUUGAACGGAGUAUAAUGCGUAGCCCUAUUUCUUAAACUCAAACUUUAAAAAUCUGGUCCUAAAUGUAAAACUUUAUUACAUCAAAAAUUAUAGAAAAGGCAAUUAGUAUAUUUAGGCUUCGUUUUGCGUUUGUUAUUAGCUUUGAAAAUCUAAAAAGGCAAACGAUUUAAAUUAUCUUAGCCUACAUUGCCAUGUAAACUGAAGGGUUUAAUUUUUUUUAAUUGUAUUGUAACUUUGAUUUAAUUAUAUAUUCUUCGAUCUUUUUCUGUAAAUGUUGCUACAUAAUGUCAUUAAUGUCUGUGAUCGUCUUAGCAUUGGUCAUUGUCAUAGGUUCUCCGGAAUACCAGAACGUGAUUUUUAAUAUUUUUCAAAUGAAUUUUAGCUUUUGUUGUGAACAUGUUUUCCUUAGUCGAUGGUUCUUUAAUGUAUCUGUUCCACAGCUAUUGUAUUUUCUGUGUGCAAUUUCACCCAUAACAUGUUAUAGACUAGUAAGCCUAAACUGGCGAGCACAUAAGCAGACAGUGAAGCCAAAUUAAUGUACCAAUAUUAUUGUGUUAGGCCUAUCGCAAAUGUUUAAUUGUGAAAUGCUCAAAGAAGUACCAUGACUGUUAAAUGUAGUUUUGGGAAUCGGCACACACAUCAAGCACUGUUGACUGUUUCACACUUACUUAUGCUAAAUGUUGUGUUAUAACGCCCUCACUAGAGUAGGAAACACCCCUUACCUCACUGUUGGUUAUCUUCAUCUGCUCAAGAAAAUAUAGUUCUAAUAUAGUUCUUAAACUUUAAACACAUUGAAGGUAAAUAUUGCUAUUUGGCACUUUACUUCUGUUCUCCAUUUAUUUUGAUUUUUAUUCAACAGUAUUGGGGUGAAAUGUAAAUUCAAUCACUUUUUCGGCACAAUAUAGAAAAUACGUGUUCUUUUUAUCUAAUAGAAAAUAAAAUAUUUUCAGUAAUUGAUUUAAAAUAAUACAGUUUGUUUAAGCUGGAAUUAUUGAAAUUCACACCACUCGCAAUUUUAGGAAUAAUAUGAGUUACAAUCUGAGAUACAAUUUUUCUAACCCUAACAUUUUGUGCUAAUUUUAAAGUAGGCUGUAGGAAAAUUACUCUCAGAGUUUGCAAGACAGUGAGAUAUUUUACCUGCAAUGUGUUUUUACAGAGAAGUGAGGUAAAGAGGAAACUUGCUUAUAGGACAACCGUGCUCUUACUUGUGAAAUAUACUUGUGACAAGCAAGGAAGAGCCCUGCUAGCACUGUGCGGAUAUUCCUUUUACACAGGGCACAGGGUCUUCCUCCAACGUAAGCGUUGUAGAACAUGAGGACAUUGACAUUGCCCUAGACACCACUUAAGUUUACCAUUGAAUUUUUCCUUACCUUACUUCUCUGUGGUUUAAUAUAGUAAAAUAUGUACUUCUUGAUUUCUGCUUUAUAGUGAAUAAAGAGUGCUCAAGUCCCUACCAAUCUGUACCAAAUGAGUGGUUUUUGUAGAUGUGAUAUUCUAUUUCAAGAGAUAAAUCAAAUAUUUUUGUAAAUUUAUAAAGUAAACAUUGUUUUUAUUAUUAUUUCUAUACUUUGAGAAAUGUUAAAAUACUUAAGAAUAAAUAUUCUUACGGUGAAAUGGAUAUUGUGUUGAUAUCUUGUAAAGUAAAUUGUUAACCUUCAUAAACAUCGAAUGUGUAUUUUACAAGUUAAAAAUUUAUAAAUUAAUUUUUACUCCAGCCAUCAAAAAAAUCCAUUUUGCUAGUUAUUGAAUAUACUUAAAAUAAAAAUAUAAUUGGUAACUUUUGAUGAACUAUGUAUCUGCUUCUAGUUCAACAGCACAUGUCAACUAGUUUCACAAAAUAAAUACUUGGAAUACAUAAAGAUUGUAUUUAUACCUGUAAAUCUCAGUAAGCGUGUGUUGUUUGUAUUUUUCAUAGUAAUGCAUAGUCCGGAUGUGACCAUAGGUCUAGUUAAUGCCAACAUAAAUUCUUGUGUUUAUAAUUGUUGUAUCUCUAUGAAAGUUUGUACCAGUUUUUGCAAGGUUGUAUCCUAUAUGUUAGUAGUUAUGUGUUCUUCAAUUGAAACUGUUGAUGGCAUCUAUAUGGAUUUAAUGUUUCAUCUGAUUCUUUUAUCAGAAUCAUAUCAGUGUUUGGGCCUAUCGCCUACUUCCUCCCCUAAAUAAACAAUUAAUUGUUUGCCAUAACAGCAUUCCAAGUCAUUGAAAUAAAUAUACUUUGAAAAAAAAUCAUAUUGUUAAAAAGUGUUAUCAUGCGAGGUGAUCUUCUGAGUCCAUCCUGUUUCUUUAUUUAAUUUUAAAGCAAUAAAAUGAAAACUUCAUAAAGCAAGGAAGACUGACAAACCAACAGUUUUAGAAAUGAUUGCUUAGUUGUUCACUGUGUAAUACUUUCCUUUGCCUGUUUAAGACUGAAAAUAAUAAGAGAUCUUGGAAGUGCCAUGUUGUGGGGUACUGCUUAAAGUCUUCAUCUAAUUGUUGUUAUAAACAAGGUGUCUAUUCUGAUUUGCAAUAUUGAGAAUUUGAUUUUUGUAUCAGUGUUUUUAUUCUUAGUAAUUUUUUAAUAAAUGUUUUUUCCAGUUUUCAUAUAAAGAACAUUACCGAUAUUUUGUACUUACAGUAUUGUAUUGCAAUUAAAAAAAUUUAUUUAUUUCUAGUUUUUUCAUAGUUUUCUACAUUCUAAUUAGAGACAUCAGGAAUAGAUGCCUUGCGUGGUUUGUGUGCACAUUAAAUUAUUUCAUAAUUCUGUAGGCAGUGCUAAUGUAGUUAAUUAUUAAUAUAUUUACAAUUAAGUGUUUUCUUUUAUAAUGUGUAAUAUCUGGACCGAUACAGGGUAUUUAGUGGAAACUAGUAAAAAUACUGUAAUCAAUUAUCAAUGUUUUUAAUCACACUUCCCCUAUAAGUAGUUUCAGAAACCUAAAGAAAUAACAAAUUGCAUUAGUAAGUUAUUUAAUUUAAUUUUACAAACCAUAGUAUUAAAUUUAAUGACUAUACAGUUUAAAAAAAUAUAUAUACUGUUUCUCUGGAUGUUUUUUUUUUAUUGUUUUCUGUUAAGGACAUUGAUCGUCAAAAUGUUUUCAAAGUUCUCAAUACUUUGUUGGAUGAACAGAGGUCAAUAAAUUAAAGUAAGCUAAAACAUCGUACCUAAUCUUCUCAGAUAUAUAUUUUUAUUUCUUUGUGAUUUUCAAAAUAUUAAAUGUACUUUAAGAAGAAGCUAUACCAAUAUGUUACAAUUUCUGUUAUGAUAUGAAAAGACCAAAUAAAGUCUCGUGACCUGAAGCUCGAAGUAAGUAAUAUUUUCUGUAGACUAAACAUAAGUAAAUUUUCAUUUUAAUGACGGGAGAAAGUAUGUGCCAGUUCUUUGGUGGUAUCUGUUCUCAAUGUUGUUGUAUUGUUGAAUGUAUAUAUGUAUUUAUUUCAUUUCAAGUAAGUCUACUUUGAAUGACUGUACUUGAAAAUGACCAAUAAAAUUUUCUAUUGUCUGA